AUGAACGGACUGGGCGAGGUGGUCGACGGCGCGGGGACCAUCGAUCCCGCAAAUCUCAGUAACUCCGUCUCUGCUAUGCCGGCACCAUCCACUGCUGAGCCAAGUCCGCGUGGUGUCAAGCGUAGUCGCACUCCAGAUCACAGUGGGAAUGGACUUAGAGAUGGAGAUCAAGACGAUGAGGACCAAGGUCGUCGCAAACGCGGUCGUCCCCCUAAAACACCUCGGGCUAGCUCCAACGAUCAUCAAGCCACGGGUACUCCUGUUCAAACGCCUCAGAUGCAAACCCGGCCUCUGCCUCACCAGGGUGCCGGGUCCCCGCCGCUUGCAUCACCGCCUGACAAACCCACUCCGUCAAAGACGCUCGUCAAAGCACUCCCCACUGUCAGAGACCAUACGUCUGAUCAAUUAAACGAGGAGGGCGAUGAGUACAUCCCCAAGGAGUUUGAUGAUGCCGGAGAAACAAAGGUGGAUUCUAUGGGUUAUCCCCUAGGUGGCCGUGAAUACAAAUGCCGCACUUUCCGUGUCCCCCACCGAGGCACCAAGCUCUUCAUGUUGGCGACGGAGUGCGCAAGAGUGUUGAAUUAUCGGGAUUCGUAUCUACUAUUCAACAAGAAUCGCUCGUUGCACAAGAUUAUUGCAUCUCAAAUCGAGAAGGACGACCUCAUCCAGCAAGACAUUCUCCCAUACUCCUAUCGCUCUCGCCAAAUCGCAAUCGUUUCCGCCAGGUCUAUGUUCCGGCAGUUCGGCAGUCGCGUGAUAGUGAACGGCAGACGAGUUCGUGACGAUUACUGGGAGAGCAAGGCGCGGAAGCAGGGCUUUACCGAGGAAGACAUGGCCGGUGAGAAACGUCCCGGGGCCACCAAGGCUCGUGACCCUCCGGUAGAGACUCAGACUUCCACUUUGCUGCCACUUCCCCACAACGAUGUCAUCUUCAGCAGUACUGUUGAGCCUCUGCCACCCGGCUUGUCACUGGAUGUUACGGAUUCUACCUCGUUGGGCCAGCUCCCGAUGAUUCAUAUGGCGACAACCGACGAUCCUCGGCUGCGGGAUUACAAUUCUAUGCCUCGCUCACGCCAAGAGUUGACUGGCCAACUAUACCAGGACAAUACACGGACCAGUACUGGGGCUGAAAUUAUCCAUCAGGCUCAGACCGCUGCCGAUUUCAAUAAAGCUUUGAACGCUCAAAGAAGUUUCCGUCUGAAGGGGUUGGAUGAAUUCUACGCGAAGCCUCGCGAGGCGCCUGAAAUUGAGGGACAGGCCACCACUGCUCUCGAUUCUGGCUUGUCCGUGUCGCAGCCUAUUCAGCCUGUCCAAAUACCACCUGCGGGGAUGGCAACCUCUUCCCAUCCUCAACAUAUGAUUCCUCCCCAGACCAUGGUGCCCGGUCAACAAGCUUUCCCUCAGCAGCCACAUCAACAAUCAAUCGCUCAGUCCCCCGUCAGAGGAAUGCCUCCUACCGGCAUGCAACCCAACCUUAUGCAUCAGCGAUCCAACCCAUCCAUGCCGGCCGGUAUACCCCAGGCUUCCUACGCGUAUCCUUCGCAGCAGCCACAGCAGAUGUGGGGUCAACCACCACCUCAACCCCAACCGUCGCCCAUGUCCGCGUCGGGGCCGCAAGGGGUGGGGAUGCCUCAGUACGGUCAGCAGAUGCCAGCAAAUCCACAACAGGCACCAUCGCCGCUGCACCAUGGCCAGCAGCCUCAGCAGUCUCCUCGUCAACACCGCCCGUCGGUGCCACAAAUUCCUCCGCAAUUCCAGCAGAUGCAGCAGCAUCCCCAAAUGCAGCAACAGAUGCAACAGCAAAUGCAGUUUGCAGCCGCCGGCUCUCCUGCUGGUUACCCUACUAUGGCAAGAGCAAUGUACCCCUCCGGACAGGCUCCUGGCGGUCAAGCCUUCAUGACCGGCAACCCCCAGCAAGCAGGUAUGACGAUGCCCAUGGGUGCGGGUGGUAUGCCUGGCUGGCCUGCGGGAGCUGGUGCCCCGAUGCAACCUGGUCAGCCUCAGCCUGGUCAGUCCGGCAGCCCAUUGGGAGGAUGGUCAGGCUACUAG